AUCAUGGCGGCGCGGGGCCAUGUGCAGGACCCCAACGACCGGCGCCUGCGGCCCAUCUACGAUUAUCUCGAUAAUGGCAAUAAUAAAAUGGCAAUCCAGCAAGCGGAUAAACUGCUCAAAAAACACAAGGAUCUUCACUGUGCAAAGGUUCUAAAGGCAAUUGGCUUGCAGAGAACUGGCAAGCAAGAUGAAGCGUAUGCUCUGGCACAAGAAGUAGCAGCACUUGAACCCACAGAUGAUAAUUCCUUGCAAGCACUAACUAUUCUUUACCGGGAAAUGCAUAGACCGGAACUGGUAACUAAACUUUAUGAAGCAGCUGUAAAGAAGGUUCCCAACAGUGAAGAGUACCACUCUCAUCUCUUCAUGGCCUAUGCCAGGGUUGGAGAAUACAAGAAGAUGCAACAGGCUGGAAUGGCACUUUAUAAGAUUGUACCCAAAAAUCCUUAUUAUUUUUGGUCUGUGAUGAGCCUGAUUAUGCAGUCUAUUUCAGCACAGGAUGAAAACCUCUCAAAGACGAUGUUUUUGCCACUAGCUGAGAGAAUGGUGGAAAAAAUGGUGAAAGAGGAUAAGAUUGAAGCUGAGGCUGAAGUCGAACUGUACUACAUGAUUCUGGAACGUCUGGAGAAGUAUAAGGAAGCCUUAGAUGUUGUGAGAGGAAAACUAGGAGAGAAGCUGACAAGUGAGCUCCAAAGCCGCGAGAACAAGUGUAUGGCAAUGUACAAGAAGCUGUGUAGGUGGCCAGAGUGCAAUGCGCUGUCGAGAAGGCUGCUGCUGAAAAACUCAGAUGAUUGGCAGUUUUAUAUAACUUACUUUGAUUCAGUGUUUCAACUCAUUGAUGAAUCCUGGACACCUCCACCAGAAGAAGAGCACUCUUUGGAAGGAGAGGUACACUAUUCUAUAGAGCAAGCUGUGAAAUUUAUAGAAGAGAGGAUAACAGAAGAAUCUAAGAGCUCUCGGCCACUUCGGGGACCAUAUUUAGCUAAACUGGAGCUGAUUAGACGUUUGCGAUACAGAGGUUGUAAUGAUGAAUAUAAACUAGGUGAUCCAGAAGAACUGAUGUUCCAAUACUUCAGAAAAUUUGGGGACAAACCCUGCUGUUUUACUGAUCUCAAAGUAUUUGUGGAUCUCCUCCCAUCCAGCCAAUACACAAAGUUCAUCAGUCAAUUGCUGGAAGUAAUCCCUCUGUCGGCAACAGCAGAGAGCGAAAUCGCACUGCCAGCCGAUAUCAAAGCUCUGCAACAACAUUUGUGUGUGGUGCAGCUCUCAAGAUUGCUCGGUAUCUAUCACAGCAUGGAUAAGAAGCAAAAGCUGACGGUGGUCCGGGAGUUGAUGUUAAGAUACCGCCAUGGAUUGGAGUUUGGGAAAUCUUGUUUGAAAACUGAAUUGCAGUUUUCAGAUUAUUACUGCCUGCUUGCGGUUCACCUGCUGCUCGAUUUGUGGCUAGAAGGUGAAGAGACGGCUGUGUGGCAGUGUCUAACUCUCUUAGAAGAAGGCUUAUCUCAUAGUCCUUCUAAUGCUCAGUUUAAAUUGCUGCUCAUUCGAAUCUACUGCAGGCUUGGUGCAUUCGAACCUGUUGCAGAGCUCUAUUCCAGCCUUGAUGCGAAACACAUACAGCACGACACCAUCGGCUAUCUUCUGACGCGCUAUGCAGAGUCACUGGGCCAUUACGCUGCUGCAUCCCAAUCCUGCAAUUUUGCACUCAGGUUUUUCCACUCCAACCAGAAAGAUACCUCAGAAUAUAUCAUUCAAGCCUACAAGUAUGGUGCAUUUGAGAAGAUCCCAGAAUUCAUUGCAUUUAGAAAUAGACUGAACUCUUCCCUUCACUUUGCGCAAGUUCGCACAGAACGGAUGUUGUUAGACCUCUUACUUGAAGCGAACAUAUCAACCAGUUUAGAAGAAAGUAUAAAGUCCAUGAGUCUGAGCCCAGAGGAGGAUGACAUUCCGUGGAAAGAUUUGCGUGACAACAGAGACCUGACAGUCUUGUUUAACUGGGAUCCAAAAGACAGGGACAUUUCUGAAGAACAUAGGAAACUCUCACUGGAGGAAGAAACCAUGUGGUUGCGAAUCCGGUCUUUAACUUUAAGGCUAGUAAGCGGACUCCCAACUCUUAGUCACACUAUUCAACCAAAGAACUCUGAAAAGACUGCAGAGAACGGCGUCUCAUCCAAGAUUGAUACAAUUCGAUCCCUGCUUCAGCAGCUGGAAGCGGCAGUGGAUUCAGGGAAGAAGUUUCUAGAACAAAAAAUUCAGUAUCCUGUCCUUGGCCCUCCUCCUACCCGAAUGGCUGGCUUCUUCAGUAAUGGCAGCUGUCAAUGCCAGACUAGCUUGUUUUAUCUUGUUAGUGAUAUUUAUGAACUAGAUACCAAUGGCUUAGAAGAUUCAGCAGAAAUCCAGGAGAGGAUAGGGAAUAGUUUCAAGUCUUUAGUAGAACGACUAACAGACUUGUUCAAUAAAUGUAAAGGUGAUUUGAUUGAAGUCAGAGAUGGCACCUUGAAAACUCAUCCAAACCUGUUAGAAAACCUAGUCUUCUUUGUUGAGACUCUCUCCAUUGCCCUGUGGGUAUCAAGUUACUGUGACAGUGUCCUCCGACCUUUUAAAUCCAACCUGCAAAAAAAGAAGAAGAAAAAAAAAGAAAGCAGUGUAGCUAUGCCACCUGUAUUUACACAUUUUCUGGAUUACAUUACUGAACUACAGACAUUAACUUCCAAUGUAAUAGAUCACAUCAAAGGGCUUGAAAUCAUUCUGACUGCACUAAAACUUGAAGAGCUGUCCCUCAAGGACACUCUGCUUUUACAGGAAGAAAAAAAGUUUACAAAGACUGUGCAAGGGAAGGUCCAGAGCAGUUACCAUCACUCAGUUCAGGAAAUUGGAGAGCUGCUGAAAAAGAGACUCGAUACCAUUAAAAAACUAAAGAUUUGAGAAAUGCAUCCUUGACAGGCUCCACAGGGGAGUGACACCAGAGUCCCAGACAGAAGCAACAUCCAAUGUACCAUCACUUUAAUCCAGAACUUCCUCAUAAUGCAUGAAGGACUUAAAAUCAUAAAACAAUUUUUUUAGGUAUUACAGAUGUAUUGAGCUGAUUUAAAUUAUUGUACAUAAAUGAGAAGCAGGGACCCUUAUCGGGGUUUUACCACUUUUUAUACAUGUUCAUAAGCAUAUUGCAACAGGAGAAAAUUAACUUUCUUCCCUUUUGAUCUCUAGAAACAACUGGAGAUGGUCUUUAGAAGCAGCAAUAGAAAUCCAGUGUAAAGCAUAUAUCUCAAAGGAGUUGUAUUUUCAUCACCAUACAGUGUUUAUAAUUUUUGUAUGGUCCUUGCCUUAGAAAUGCAGAAAUCGUAGAUGUCCGCAUUCAGCCGCCUCCAAUGAAAUGAGCCCGUUUUGGAGCUGCCUAUUUUGUCCGCAAGCCGCCUGGUCCUGCUGAAUUAAUUCGGUGUGUUGGUCCAGCAGGGAGAGGGGAGGCUGCACGGGAGGAACACUCUCUGCAUACAGCCUUCCAGCAGAGCCCAGCCCUCCCGCGCAGGGUGGGAGUAAGCCAUGCCUGGUGGUGAGGCAGGUUCCUCUAAGGAGAGAACUGCAGGAGGGAGAGGUGGUGUCAGCGUACACACAGGUUGUUUUCACGUUCGGAAAAAUUGCAAACCUGAUGAGGAGCAAACUUGGCCGUUAAGCUUUAGAGAAAGAGAUGGGAAUCGGUGUUUCGGCAAAAAAGACAAAACCAGAGACCUUGUGUAUAAUAGCCGCAGUGAAGUCUGACACUGCGGUCUGAUUUCAUGUCAGUUUAAUGUAAAACAGCAAUCAUCAUGACUUUUUAAAAGUGUAUUUAGAUUACUGAAACUUUAAGACUUAAAUAUUUUAAUAGAAAUUAAAUCCUAUUGGCUUUGGUUUUAAGUUGGCAGAGGUAACUUUUGCUUCCGCUGUGGUAUGAGGCUGAGAAUACUUUUUGUAACUGUAUGCUUACUUUUUGCAGUUGAUCUUUGAUUAUUCAAGUACUAGCUCAUUAGGCAUUCUGUUAGAAAGUGCAAUCGCAUCAUCUGCUCCCCCUGAAUCUGCAUUUCUGCUGGGUUUUUUCAUUUUAAAGAAGUAAUGCAGCCUAAAAUUGGUAGGCAAAAAAGUUACAUGUACCUGCAAUACAAGGGACACGUCAGACUUUACAGAUUCCUCAUCUUCUGAUUUAAAGCAGCUAGUAUCUGAAGUCUAUAUUUAAAGUUUUAAGAGAGCUGACAAUCCUACCUUUGUCACCUCUUCUGAGUAUGUUUUGUUAGUAAUGCUAGAAUGUUGAUGAGAGUAUUUUUUUAAAAUAAAUCCCCUGUAUAAAAAAAACAAAAAAAAAAUUCACAUAGCUGCUCUUGCUGGAUUUAGUUUUGCUUUGCCCCAUCCUGAAAGGGAAAGAAGAAUGUCUGCAGGUUGUCUAAAUUUGUAAUGGAUGUCCUGAUGGUUUAAUUGCAAUGUCUGGUAAGUGGUCUGGGCUGGAGGAAUACCAAAAUGUGUUAAGUCUGUUUUAUAGUAAUACUUUUCCUGAAAAGAAAAACAAAAACCCUGAACUCUUAUAUGUUGUAUAAAAAUACCUUUUUUGAAAGAAGGGUGUGCUCCUUAAAUUAAAGGAAGACUGAUGACUGAAGUUGAUGCUCUGAAAUGGGUAGGGUAAGUGAAAACAGUCCCAUUGCUGAGAUGAUGCAAUUCAUAGAGAAGCACUGAGCCAGAAAUCUGCGCUGCCCCUUUUCAUUCAAGGAGACGAAGUGCCGUUGCUGAUGUUCCUGUCCCCUCCCUCCCCCGUGGCAGUGCUAACUAGAGAGGGCUUUGCGCAAACACCAGCAUUGAAUGCAAAGUUGACACAGCACCCUCAUCCAGAGGGGACAGUCCAGGGGCUGAUUCAUGCUGGAGUUUCCUUCCACUGCUGCUACACCAGGUUGAACUCAACCAGUCGUACCAAUAAGCAAUGGUGAAAAUGUAAGUGAAGUGUAAAGUUAAUAUAACCAAGCUUUUAAAAUUCUCCCAUGUGCCUGAAAGCAGAACUUGCUUUAAAAAAAGGUUUCUGCAUCAGCUCCCUUAAAAGCAGAAUUGAAACUGCUGGGGGGGAGGGACACAUGCGUCAUCUGAAGCAAAGUCUGAGAAGAGAUGGAACCAUGGCUCGCUCUUGCUUCUGGUCAUAGCAUUUGGCACGGCGCAGGUCCAGCACUGGCUGGUCACACAAACCAUCCUUGUACCAGCACAGGGGAAAUACUGACUGUUUCUCAGUGUUAGCUGCUGUCCCGUUUCCAGUUCCAGCCACUGGCGAAUGAUAAGCUUGUCAAACAAAUACAUUUUUUGGAUUACUCAGUGUUUUAUAAAACCAGAUGCCAUCUCUUCACAAGUUGUAGUUUCUCUAUAGGAGGAAAUGGUGUACAAAAAAGGCUAUGUACUGACUGGGAGCUUGGUUGAGGGAGAGGGAGAAUUUCUCUCCCCCUAUAAAUUGUGUACAGUUAAAUAUAUUAUAUAUUUCUUAUGAAAGAGCAUUUCCCCUCCAGAAUAUGUCCCGCAGGGACCUGAUAAGAAAUUCAAGCUAUAACCCAUUGCUGCUGUUCCCCCUUUUCCACUCUUGGGAUUUGUUUGUGUUUGUUUUGGAUUUUUUUUUUUUGGUAAUGAAAAACAUAACUAGAAGAAGCUACCAAGACUACUGUUUACAGACUGAAAAAAUACUGCUUUUAUACUACUGGGAUCAUGAGCCACGAUCCUUUUACAGAUUUCCUCAACUCUUCGCUUAAAAUCAGUGUCUGAUGUAGAUAAAGGUCAGAAAUCUCCUACCCUGCUUUGUCUACAUACAGGACAAAAUGUACAAUGCCUGUUUGUGUUGCCCAUCAUUUUUGUACUUUUUAACUGUUCAAAAAUUGCAUUUAUAUUUUGCAAUCAUUGAUAAUCAUGACUUUAUUUUAACCGCUAGUAAUCUUAGAGGGAAUUUUUUUGUUGUAUCUGCAGCCUUAUCUGAACUUUCUCUUCCUUGAUUAUUCAUUGUUAAUUUAUGACUGUAGAAGAUAUGUAUGCCUCAGCCUUCUACGGACUUAAGUGACACCACUGCAACUGAUCUGCUUUAAACUGGAUGGGUUUAUAAUUUAUAUAAAAGUCAGUUUCGU